AUGGCAAAAACAACCAUUCCUAUUACGCCAGAAAGUGAAAGUUUCUACACAUUACCGAGAUAUCUGGGCGGCGUAUUAGAUGUGAAAGUUUGUUAUACAAUUAAUUGGAAGGAGGAGGGUCUUGCAAAGUGGAGUUUUAGUAGCACAAAAUCUUCCACAACAGGAGUCAACACUUUUUUACAGAAAAUUAAUCAAAAAUUAUCAACCAAACUUUCUGGUCCUCGAUUAUUUGGAUUUGGUAUCAAACCAUUAUAUGAUAUUCGUGAUUCUCAACUUAUUGUCAAUAUAACAGAAACUAAUAAGCGAAAACGACCCCUUGAGGACAUGGCUUUUACAUAA